AUGGAUACCAAUAUUAUCCUCAAUAAUAUUACAUUAUCGGAAUGGAACGAAGAAAUUACUAACAGCCUAGUGCCGAACAUUAUCUUUCUCUCCAUUUAUAUUGCCCUUGGUACAAUUGGAAACGUCUUUGUAUUAUUGGUUUAUGCAUUCCAGAUGAAGGAAGCAUCAGAAGAAAGAUAUUUCAUACCAAUUUUAGCCUUCUUUGAUAUGAUAGCAACUAUAUAUCUUGGAGUUUAUUAUAUUUUUCUGAGUUUCAAUCAGACGAUAUUUUCAAACAACGUUUUAUGCAAGACACUCGUGUUUUUUGCAGGAAAUACCACAUAUACCUCGGUCUUUAUAUUGUUCAUUAUUGCAAUUCAAAGAUAUAUGAAGGUAUGUAGGCCACAGAAACAACCCAUGUCGAUUUCUGUGAAAAUAACAGCAUUGUUACUGGCAUUUUUAAUGUCCGUGAUUUGCGCUUUACCAUUACCAUUCGUAUUUGGUACUAUUCCUUUCCACAACAUUGACUAUGGAAUCUCCGGAAUGAGAUGUGGAAGGUUGAAAGAUGGGAAUCCUUUCCUCAGGACUGUAUACUCAGUUGUAGCUGGUUUGUUCGUCUUUGUAAUAGUAACAUCUCUUAUUGUUAUUUACGGUAGAAUAAUAAACACAGUGUUUCGUCGAUUACAAGUUAAUAAAAAAGACCUACGGAGUAAUGAGAAAAGAAGCGAAACAACUGAUAUAGACGAAAACAAUCCAGUCGCUGAUGGUUUUAAAGGUAUAGAAAUGAUAAAGAUAACAGACAAAACAAUAAAACAUCCCAAAACACUACAAACUAAAACAAAUCUUACAGGACAUAAUAUGGAAUCAGCUGCAACAAAAAAAAGAAGAACAACAAAUCGUCGAUUGACCUAUAAACUUACAGUAAUGUUCUUUAUUAUAACUACAGUAUUUUUACUUAGUUAUAUUCCGAAGGUGGUAUUACUAUUCCUUGAAGGAAUCAAUGAAGAUUUUUGGGAAAAACUAUCAGCUUCGCAAAGACCUGCUGUGACGUUCCUAUACCAUAUCUUCAUUCUUCAUAAUAUAGUAAACCCUAUAGUUUACGCUUUUUUUUAUAUCGAGUUUCGCCAAGAUGCAAAAAAGGUUGAAUGA